AUGCGGUCUGCAGCGAGGCUGCUCUAUGCAGCAGUGUUCGCACUUGCUGGCUUGAGCCAUGCCGCCGUUCAUAAUCCUGAACUAGACCCAACCAAGUGUGCACUCGAACCUUCCGCCAUGGUAUCGGAUGCCUGUGUCUCAUAUGGCGAGAUCAACGGCAUGAAUGACCUGAUUUACACGACACUCACCUCCCUCACACAAGAAACCGAUUUCUUCUCCUACUACCGCCUCAACCUGUUUAAUAGAGAGUGCCCCUUCUGGAACGAUGCUAAUAGCAUGUGUGGAAACAUCGCCUGUGCCGUGAACACCAUUGACUCGGAGGAAGAUAUCCCGCUGACAUGGCGGGCGGAAGAACUCAGCAAACUAGAGGGCCCCAAGGCGAACCAUCCAUCCCGCAAUAUUCAAGCCGAGCGUCCGAAAGAACGCCCGCUCCAGGGAGAGCUGGGUGAAGAUGUCGGCGAGAGUUGUGUGGUGGAAUAUGACGACGAGUGUGAAGAUCGAGACUACUGUAUCCCCGAGGACGAGGGUUCCGCCGGGAAGGGAGACUAUGUGAGCUUGGUGGAUAACCCGGAGCGGUUUACCGGAUACACCGGAGCAGGCGCAAACCAAGUGUGGAACGCUAUCUACAGCGAAAACUGCUUCUUGAAGCCUGUCGCCGAGGAGCUGGACGAGCAGUCGGCGAACGUCCCUAUGGGUGGCCUCCAAGCAGCCUCCGACUUCCGCAACGUGCUCCACAAGGAGUCGCAGCGAGUAGAAGGCCUGCCGCUGGAUAACGAGUGCUUAGAGAAGCGGGUGUUCCACCGCCUCCUGAGCGGUAUGCACGCUUCCAUCUCGACACAUCUGUGCUGGGAUUACCUGAACCAAACCACAGGCCAGUGGCACCCCAACGUGCAAUGCUUCCAGGAACGACUCCUCGACCACCCGGAGCGCAUCUCAAACAUGUACUUCAACUACGCGCUAGUAUCGCGCGCCGUGGCAAAACUCCGCAAGCACCUGGACGGGUACACAUUCUGCGCCAGCGACCCAGUGCAAGACCGCGAAACCAAAAAGCGCAUCAACAAGCUGACAAGCACCUUGUCUGAACUCCCUCAAAUCUUCGACGAAAGGAUCAUGUUCCAAGACCCCAACGCCCUCGGCCUGAAAGAGGACUUCCGCAACCGCUUCCGCAACGUCAGUCGUCUCAUGGAUUGCGUGGGCUGCGACAAGUGCCGCCUCUGGGGCAAACUCCAGGUAAAUGGAUACGGAACCGCGCUCAAAGUGCUGUUCGAAUACGACGAAACCAAGAACGGCGAGAACCCGCCCCUUCGCCGUACCGAGCUGGUCGCCCUCAUCAACACCCUCGGUCGCAUCUCGCACAGUAUCGCUGCUUCGCGCAGUAUGCAGCGAGCCCUGCUGACCGGCACUACUCACAUGUUCCCCGUCCACGGCGCUGUGCCCUCCUCCCACCACGCCAACGCCCUGGGCAAUAACAGACGAGUGUUCAGCGACGGAAAUAAUAACUUCUAUUUCGAAGGCGAAGGGCCCGACGACGAUUAUGUCUACGGCCGAGGCGUGGCACCAGAGCGGUACCCCUGGGAGCGCCAACCGCCUAGCCCAGACGACGGCUUCUGGGAAGAUUUGAAGAGCGAGUGGAAUAUGGUCUGGGGUAUGGUUGGGUAUAUCUGGCGGUCUUGGAUGGACCUCCCCUACACAAUUUUCCAAAUCGGCUCGUCAGAACUUAUUCGAUUGUACAAUUACUGGCUUGGAUUGCCGGUGCCUCCGCGCAUGUGGAAGCUGAAGAUGCCCCAGCCUCGUGCACAUACUCAACCCGCUGCCUAUGCUAAUCAUGACGAGUUAUGA